CGGUUUGGCGGCGCGCGCGCGGGCUGUGAGUCAUUCAGUCAGUCAGUCCGUGAGGAGCCGCCGACAUGAGCUGUCUGACCGUGCCCGGGGUGCACCCGGGGUCACCCAGCCGGCCCCGGGGGCAGAUACAGGUGAUCUUCGGGCCCAUGUUCUCCGGGAAGAGCACGGAGCUGAUGCGGCGGGUGCGGCGCUUCCAGCUGGCUCAGUACCGGUGUCUGCUGGUGAAAUACGCCAAGGAUACACGGUACUGCACCACCGGAGUCUCCACACACGACAGGAACACCAUGGAGGCCCGUGCUGCCUGUGCCCUUAAGGAUGUGUACCAGGAGGCGCUGGGUUCUGCGGUUAUUGGCAUCGACGAGGGGCAGUUUUUCCCAGACAUCGUGGAGUUCUGUGAAAAGAUGGCCAACGCUGGGAAAACUGUCAUUGUCGCUGCUCUCGAUGGGACGUUCCAGAGAAAGGCUUUUGGGAGCAUCCUGAACCUGGUCCCGCUGGCUGAGAGCGUGGUGAAGCUGAAUGCUGUGUGCAUGGAGUGCUACCGAGAGGCCUCUUACACAAAGAGGCUGGGAGCAGAGAGGGAGGUUGAAGUGAUUGGAGGAGCAGACAAAUACCACUCUGUCUGCAGAGCUUGCUACUUCCAGAAGAGGCCUCAGCAGCUCGGGUCAGAAAACAAAGAGAAUGUUCCCCUGGGGGUGAAGCAGCUGGAUAUGGCAGUCUCAAGGAAGAUCUUUGCUUCUUGAUUGCUGUGCACCGGUGUGGAGGAGGGGGGAGGAUAUAAGGAACGAAGAUAAAUGUUGCAGCUCCUGGACUUCAGAUCUGGCUUUCCCCCCCCUUAAUCAAAACUGACAAAUGGUGUAGCUCUACCUGCCAGACCAAGCUGCUCUUUCACUGCUCCAAGUGAGGGCGAUCAUUGGGACCUGAUGCCAGGGGGAGCUGAAAACAGAGUCUGACUAAAAGGGAGUUCCAUUCCCAGAACAUGGAAUAACGGUUUAAUUACUGGUGCUGCCAUACAAACACGUGCUGGAAAGUCACCACACCAAUGUGAGCUGUGGGGCACUGACAGCUUGUCAUAGCUCUGCUCUCCUGCUCCUGGCACUUAUUCAGACUUGCCACUGGUAGGCAGCUCACCUGCCUGCAAACAGCCAUUUCUCUCUAUUGUGCUGUUGCUAAACUCUGGGUUUCUUACAACACUGUAUGGUAACUUGGCUUCCAAAAGCCACUUCCUUUUUAAUACAGCCUGAGGAAAUGCCCCUUCCUUUGUUGCAGGACAGUGGCACAACAGCAGCAGCCUGGCCCUCUGCAGUCUCUUAAUUGUGUAUAGCCAAAUAGCUUGCUGUUAAAUUUGCUGUAAAUACAUAGGUGUUUGUUCUGUUUUUAAAUAGAGGAGGGGAGAAGGAAGGCUUGACUUGUCAGCCUGACUCCUAGGCUCAUUCAAGAGAAAUUAAAUAAGGUUUUCUUGGUGCAGCCACUUCAUGAGGCUUAAUGACCUACGGAAGGCUUGGGGGAUCAGGAAUUAAACUAGAGAGCUGGGCUACCAUUGCUGAGGAGAUCCAGCUACCUGGAAAAGGAUGAUUCUCAGCUCCAGUUGUGUUCUGCUUCCUCCUCAGCCUUCCAAUUACUCUUGAGCCUGCUGCUUUCCUUGCUGUAACACCUGAAGGAUCCUCUCCCUUUGCUUGACGUAGCUUCUGGAAGGCAUUUUUCUUACUACUUGUAUAAAGUGCUUCUUCUCAUCAGAUUCCUUGAGCUCUGAGAGGCAGCUCUUGGUUCUGGUUGGGCUUUGGUCAACCCCCUCUCAUUACAGUGCUCUCUCAGUACUUGUUUACUACUGUAAUGAGCUGCCCAGGUUGUUACAAGAGUGAAACCUCACUUCCUUGGUGUUAACUAAAGCAAUUACAGCUAUGGCAUUCACAGAUACUCGUCAGGCCUGAGCUUUUCCCCUUAGGGCUGGGGGACAGGCAGUAGUGCUUGUAUUCUAGGUUAAUAAAUGACUUAAUGAAAGCA